CCGUAUUCCGCCAGGAUCCACACCGUAUCGGUAGACACGGCAGUUUUGUAAAACCCUCGGACAGUCCGUUGGUCGGAUAUCCUGCGCUAAUCACGAACAAAUACUUUGAACCCCUAUAGCGAGCAGCGAAGAUUGCAAAGGUCAUAUCGAAGCACCUAUGCCCGCAUAACUCCCCAUCGAGAUUACAGACCAUAUCAUCGACCACCUCAGUGAUGACAUUGCAUCACUAUGCAGUUGCUCCCUUGUGAGCCAUGCAUGGGCUCCCCGAACCCGAAAGCACCUAUUUCACAACAUCAAGUUGAGACCUGGCCAUCCGAUUCUCGGUGUUUUGGCAGCUGACGCGGGCGUGCGUCCUCUAUUGAGCAAAGCCAGGAGCUUUGAGCUUGUGCUCGACCCAACAGUGCCCGGCCGUCACGAAAUGCUCUCACUUUCUCACAAUAACAAGUCGUCGCUCGGUCCGGCCCUUUUACUUCCUUCUGGUGGGAUAGAUGAAGAGACGAUCGCGAUGCUCGUCGGGAGCAUGCUCAAAGUUUCCUCUCUGUCUCUUAAAUGCAGAAUUCCACCCCAAUGCAGUACCUGGCCCGUCACCCGUUUCCGCUCACCGCUACUCAGGCUUCAGGCAGUGACUCACUUCUCCGCACACGACGUAUACUUCACCAAUCUGGGACAGUUCCAGUAUGUCAUAUGCCAGUGGCCCCAGCUGCGCACCUUAACGUUGUACAAAGUCGCGUUCCGUACGUUCGACAGCUACGAUGUUGAUAUCGGCAAACUGCAACUACGGUCAUUGGAGUUGAGUAACAUGCAACAACAGCGGACUUUGGAUUAUGUACUCGCAUUGUUUGCGAAGGCAUUAUCAUCCCGGUCCAUCCAAACCCUGAGGAUCUGGGAAGAGGCCCUUUUUGGGGAAGAGACCGAACAUGCCAUAGACGACUUGCUUCGUACACUGGGUAGCUCACUACGGCGCUUUGAUUUUCCAUGGAAAUACGACCUUUUCAAGAAGCCUCGGACUGAUUUUUGGACGCCGCAGUUGCAACAUUCUACUGGCUUACAGUAUCUAUGCAUAAAUUGCAGUCGCAUGUGGGUGCUGUUUGAGGACCUAGCGAACAUGCUCUCGCGCAUGAUGCUUCCCGAGCUGAGAGCGAUUCAUCUGGUCUUCGACGCAUACUGUUCAGAGCAGUCGGCCAGAGUCCUCGACUUGCCUUACAUAGAAGAGGAGAUAGGACGGUGGAGGGCUGUGGAAGAUAACCUGCAGCAGCAUUCUCCUACCCUGCAAGAGUUUGUGAUAUGGAGAACCGUGCACCAGGCCAGUUGGAGGUCGUUUGCGGAUGAACGUUAUUCUGCGGCGUGGGUCCAGGUGCUCCCGAGACUACACGCCCGAGGCAUACUGCAUAUCAACGUUCGGCCAACGAAUCCUAUACCAGGGCCAUUUGAUAAUGUACCGGCUCGCAUGCAGUCCUAAUAAAUCCGUUGAUGCAUGUAUCCAGUGACCAAGCUAGCUGAUAUUGUAUCACGGUGCUUUGCAAUGUAUUGUCGCCG